UUAUUUUUUGGGGGUAAAAGAAAACCUAAAAAUUUUACAGCAUUCAAAAAUAUUUGGGUUUUUUCACAUAGAGUAUUUUUGGUUCCCUCCUCAGACGAUUGAUCACACAAUUCUUUCUUCCUUUAUAUUUCGUCUUCAAGUUUCAAAUACACGGUCGAUCUUCAAGCUUCAACUUUCAACAUUGUUGGAUAUACAUGAAUGGCCAGUGUAGAUUCUAAUUUGGAUGGUUCAAGUCCAACGGAUCCAGUAACAACAACUGGCGGUAGUUCCUGUGCAAAUGCACCCCUGAUAAGAAGUUCUGGUGAUCCAGGAUGGCAAUAUGGUACUUUGUGUGAUAUUAAAGUUAAGGAUGCAAUCAAAUGUAAUCUAUGUGGGUUUAUUUCUAGAGCAUGAAUUACUAGGCUAAAGUACCAUAUAUCGGGAAUAAAAGGAAAGGGUGUAUCUAUAUGUAAAAAUGCAAGCAAAGAAGAUAAAGCUCUGUGUGUUGCUUUAGUUGAGAAGCCAAGAGAGAAGAAGAAAGAGAAAAGAAUCCAAGAAGAAGAACUAAGAGCGGAGGUUGAAAUUGAAGAUGAAGACAAUGAGUUCAAUGUGGGGUCUAAGAAAAAGAAGCCAAACUAUUUGGGGCCAAUUGACAAGUUUGCAAAUCCUAUUAAUACCGAAGCUCCAACGCUUAAUAUGCGUCAAAAAAAUCUUAUGGACGCACUUGCUAAAGAAAGGACACUUGUUGUACAUCAGUUUUGUGCCCGAUGGGUGUAUGAAUCGGGUAUUCCUUUUCAUUCAAUCGAUAAUGACGGGUUUAAGCAGUUUGUUGAAGCAGUUGGUAAAUAUGGUCCAGGUUACCGUCCUCCAAGUCAAUAUCAACUUAGGGAACCAUUACUGAAGGAGCAAGUUGAAAGAACUAAAGGGAUUCUCAAGAAACAAGAAGAAGAGUGGGCACAAAAUGGUUGUUCAGUUAUGACAGGUAAACGAAGAAGCAUAAUGAAUUUUUGUGUGAACUCUAGGCAAGGUACAACAUUUAUUUCUUCUGUUGAAUGUUCCAAAGAUGCACACACGGGUCAAUUCAUAUUUGAUUAUGUUGACAAGUGCAUUGAAGAAGUUGGGUCAAAGAAUGUAAUACAAGUUGUGACUGAUAAUGCUGCCAAUAAUAUGGUAGCCGCCAACAUGCUAAUAGAGAAGAGACCAAACCUAUUUUGGACUUCUUGUGCUGCACACACCAUCGAUCUUAUGCUUGAAGCAAUUGGUAAAGAACCUAAAUUCAAAAAUUGGAUUGGUAAGGCAAGAACUUUAACUAUUUUCAUUUAUGCACAUCAUAGGACAUUGGCGUUAAUGCGUAAGUUUACAAAGUGUAAGGAUAUCGUGAGGCCGGGAGUUACUAGGUUUGCUACAUCAUUCCUUACAUUGGAAAGUUUGUUGGAGAAGAAGGAAAUGUUAAGACUUAUGUUUACAAGUGAUGAGUGGACAAAAUCUAAAUGGGCUAAUACUAAAAAUGGGAAAGGAGCGUACGGAAUUGUAAUGAGCCGAGCUUUUUGGAAUGGGGUAAAUUUAUGUUUGAAGGUGAUUUCUCCGUUAGUCAAAGUCCUUCGACUAGUUGAUGGAGAUCGAAAGCCAUCAAUGGGCUUCUUGUAUGGAGAGCUUAAACAAGCAAAAGAAGAUAUCAAAAUGGCUUUUAAUAAUGUGGAGAAUAACUAUCGUUCUAUCAUAGACAUUAUUGACACAAAAGCAAAAGGUCGACUUGAUAGUCCGUUACAUAUGAUGGCUUACCUAUUGAAUCCUUAUUACUUCUUUAAAAAUCAAGAGAUAAAAGACAAUGUUAUGGUUUCAGAUGCGGUUUUUACAUGUAUUGAAAAGUUUUUUCUUGAUUACAUUGACAAGCAAGACCAAGUAAUAAAUAUGGAACUCUCAAAGUAUAAGGAAAAAGAAGGAGAUUUUGGAAGAUUGUUAGCCGCAAAGGGAUGUUCAGAAAAUAAUAGCUCUUAUGAUCCAGGUACUUGGUGGAUGACUUAUGGAAAUUCAACUCCAACUUUGCAAAAGAUGGCUAUAAAAAUCCUUUCAUUGACGACUAGCUCUUCCGGUUGUGAAAGAAAUUGGAGUGCAUUUGAGGGGAUACACACAAAGAAAAGAAAUAGGCUUGACAGUCAACGAUUACAUGACCUAGUAUAUGUUCAAUUUAAUUCCAAACUCAUCAACAAGUGGGCAAGAGUGAAGAAUCAAAAUGUUGAUGUAUUGCGCUCUUUAGAUGCUAGUAUGGCACAAUCAUGGAUUGUUGCUAUUAGUGAUGAUGAAGAGGAAAUGGAAGAAGGUGGUGGUUUGGAGAAUGGUGGAGAAGAAAUUGAUGAUGAAAGUGAAACUCAAGAGGAUAGAGAACUCGAUGAAGAUGAUUUUGUGUCGGAUGCUGAACAAGUGUAAGGUGAUGAAUAUUUUGAAUUUAAUUCUGAUGAAGAAGGGUGUUUGGAGUGAAAUGAAGUUGAUUAUAUUUACAUGCAAGGAUAGUUUAUUUACUUCAUUUCAUAUAUCUAAUCUAAUGAUCUAACAAGCUUUUGUAAUGUUCACUUGUUUUUUGAAAGACGAUACUUUUUGUAAACUGUAAGUGUGAUAGUCAAUUAGUGACCUUGUUUAUCUUAG